AUGACAACCAAUUCCUCACAGACCUCGGCAGACGCUAGCCCCGUGUCUGCUACGCUAUUUGGUACCUCUCCCAAAGAAGAGCCUUGCUCCUGUGCUGCAGGCGGCCAUGAACCGAUGUGUGCCAAUUACCGCUAUGGGGGACCCGUUGCUCCUAAGCUUGUGCCGGCCCCUCUGCCUGCUACAGAGCCUGAGCGCGAGUCGUCCAAUGACUGUCGCUGGCCUCCGCAGGCGAACAGGCACGUCGCAGGCGAUGACGGCUACUCGCCUGCGGGAGAGCAUCCAUGGAUGCAUUGCAACUCCCCUCAAGUACCAAGCGUGCCGCACUCUAUCCAAGCUCCAGCUGGAUCAUACGCCACGUUGAACCACGCACGAGUACCGAGCGCAAACUCCCUACUACACAAGCAAGCAGCCAGUCUGAACAGCUUUGGCAGGUUUGUAUGGCGGUUGCCACCUGGUGGAAGCGAGCCGACUGUCGCAUACCGCUCACCGCAGUUGUUUGGCGAACAAGCUGAGCUUCCAGACACAACAACAACGGAGAGGGACGAAGACUUUGCGGAUCCGAGCCUUCGCUCAAAUCCAUUGCUGGCUAAGAAGCGUGCGCAAACCGGCAUUGCCGAGCUAGACAGCACAGAGCUGGCAUAUUGGGAGAAUGGUGGAUUACGGAAGAGCAGCCAGCAGCCUGACUGGCUUUGA